GCCCUUUUGGGCAGCCCGCUGGGGCGAGCCCGCUGGCCCCGGGCGGGGGCCCGCGAUGGCCGCGGCGCGGACGGCGAGGGCCGCGCGGCAUGACGGCGCAGAGCCUCACGAUCACCAUCGCGGGGGCCAGGCUGCACGACGCGCGUGGGGUACCGCUGGCGGCUGGCGGCCUGGUUUGCACGUGCGAGAUCCCGGGCGAGCCGCGCUCGAGGUUCUCCACCGCGGGCGCCUCCCCUGGAGCCGAGCCCGCCUGGAACUACAGCUCCGAGAUCAGCGGCGUUGAAGCCGGCGACGCGCUCGAGUUCCAGGUUUUGGACCAGGAUGGCAGCCCGCUGGCCGGCGGGAAGCUCCAGGGCUCCGACUUCUACCCGCAGGGCUUCCGGGGUGCCCUGCCGGUCGCGGGCAGGGGCGCGUCCGGCUCGCUGGCGGUGCUGGUGUCCCCGGUCGGCUGCCCGGCGACGCUGCCGGCCCCAGCUGCGUGUGCGGAGACGCCGUGCGCGAGCCCUUGGUCGCCAGAGGGCACGCAGGACUUGCAGGGCUUUGAGCGCACCGCGGCGGCCGACCCGGCGCACCCGUAUUGGAACUCGGCCCCGUCGCCGCCCCUGCGGCUGUUCAGCGGCGACCCCCGCUUCGACGCCCAGGACGCGGAGCAGGCGUGCGGCCAGCCUCUGCAGGAGG